UGUCGUUUUGUGUUGGCGUUUUGUGUGUAGCAGCAUGGCCCGCACGAAGCAGACGGCCCGCAAGUCGACGGGCGGCAAGGCCCCGCGCAAGCAGCUGGCCACCAAGGCGGCCCGCAAGAGCGCGCCGGCCACGGGCGGCGUCAAGAAGCCGCACCGCUACCGGCCGGGCACGGUGGCGCUGCGCGAGAUCCGGCGCUACCAGAAGUCGACGGAGCUGCUGAUCCGCAAGCUGCCGUUCCAGCGGCUGGUGCGCGAGAUCGCGCAGGACUUCAAGACGGACCUGCGCUUCCAGAGCUCGGCCGUGAUGGCGCUGCAGGAGGCGAGCGAGGCGUACCUGGUGGGCCUGUUCGAGGACACGAACCUGUGCGCCAUCCACGCCAAGCGCGUCACCAUCAUGCCCAAGGACAUCCAGCUGGCGCGCCGCAUCCGCGGGGAGCGCGCCUGUGACGGCGUCCCGGAUCACGUUCUCCAGGAACACCUUGAGCACGCCGCGCGUCUCCUCGUAGAUGAGGCCGGAGAUGCGCUUGACUCCGCCGCGGCGAGCGAGGCGCCGGAUGGCGGGCUUGGUGAUGCCCUGGAUGUUGUCCCGCAGGACCUUGCGAUGGCGCUUGGCGCCGCCCUUGCCGAGCCCCUUGCCGCCUUUGCUGAACACCCAUCUCCCGCCUCGUCUCCUCGCCGCGGCUCCGGGGCGGCUGAGAGGAAAGGCCGGGGAGCCGAGGAGGCGCGCCUGGAAGCCAGGGUCGGUGCGGGAUCGAGCCCCACGCUCGGCGUCGCCGGCCACGGUCACUCUGCCGUGAGGCCCACGGCGGCCGGCGUCCUCGAGGCGGGGCGCCAUCUUCCCUGCGUCCCCUGGGCUUUGUGCACAGGAAGCACCAUUUUGAAGCUCAACCAGGACACAUUAGGAGCUCGGAAGGCUGGUCACUACAGCGCCCUGGAGGCCAACACCAUGGCCCGCACGAAGCAGACGGCCCGCAAGUCGACGGGCGGCAAGGCCCCGCGCAAGCAGCUGGCCACCAAGGCGGCCCGCAAGAGCGCGCCGGCCACGGGCGGCGUCAAGAAGCCGCACCGCUACCGGCCGGGCACGGUGGCGCUGCGCGAGAUCCGGCGCUACCAGAAGUCGACGGAGCUGCUGAUCCGCAAGCUGCCGUUCCAGCGGCUGGUGCGCGAGAUCGCGCAGGACUUCAAGACGGACCUGCGCUUCCAGAGCUCGGCCGUGAUGGCGCUGCAGGAGGCGAGCGAGGCGUACCUGGUGGGCCUGUUCGAGGACACGAACCUGUGCGCCAUCCACGCCAAGCGCGUCACCAUCAUGCCCAAGGACAUCCAGCUGGCGCGCCGCAUCCGCGGGGAGCGCGCCUGAGCGGCGUGAGCUGAAAUCUACCUAAAGGCUCUUUUCAGA